AUGUUCUCGCAUUCCAAUGCUAAAUCAGUCUUCGACUGCGCACGUAACGUCCCAGAUGAGGUGAUUGACUUAGUGCGCUUUAAUAACGGAAUUAUCAUGGUGACAUUUGUGCCUGAGCAUGUGACGACCAGACGAUCUGAAGCAACGAUGGACAUGGUCCUCAAUCAUCUCUUCUAUAUCGCGGGCCAGAUUGGCUGGGAUCACGUUGGCCUUGGAUCUGAUUUUGACGGAAUUGAAUGUGUAAUACCGGGAUUGGAGGAUGUGAAAUACUACCCGCGAUUGCUCCAGUCCAUUCUUGACUGUGGCGCGACGGAAGAACAGUUGGCUAAAGUUGCUGGGGAAAAUAUUUUGAGGGUAUGGAGGGGCGUUGAGGAAGUUCGCGAUCAAAUGAAAACUGAAGGCGUGCAGCCUGUUGAGGAUGUCUGGGAGGAUCGAACUUAG